GAACAAACAAGCGUGAUAGCGCGCCACGUAAAAUUUCGUCGCAUGGAGCGACGGCAAUUAGAGAAUAUAAAAAUAUGAUUUUCAAAGAGAGAUAUUUGCUGUGUAAACAUAUGAUGGAUAUAUAGUCUGAAAUCGUCAGGGUUUAUGUUGUAAGAACAGCACUGGAGACGUAUUGCGAAAAAUGAGUGAGACUACUCCAAUGAAUGAUGUACCUGAGAGCAAUGGUGCGAUGGAGCAGCCUACUUACAAUGGUGAAACGGAGGAACACACUGCUAAAUCUCCAGUAAGUACAGAAGAGAAAGCACCAGAUUCAAUGUGCGACAAUGGUAUAAAAAGGAGUGCCACUGCCACUGGCAACACACCAAAUAGAACAAAGAAACGUAAAAAAGCCCCAAGAGACGCCACUGCACCAAGACAGCCUCUAAGUGGUUACUUUCUAUUUUUAAACGACCGGAGAGAGAAAGUUCGAAAUCAAAAUCCAAGCUUAACAUUCACAGAAAUUACAAAGCUUCUGGCUGCAGAAUGGAGUAAAUUACCAGUUGAUCAAAAGCAGCAUUAUUUGGAUGCAGCUGAACAAGACAAAGAACGCUACAAUCGCGAGUUUAGCGAUUAUAAGCAAACAGAAGCAUACCGGCUGUUUAAUGAAAAACAAUCAGAAAGACAAAAUGAAAAUAAGAAGGAACGAAACGGCACGGACGUAAACAUCGAACAGAAUGAUAAGGACAAUGACUUUACAGGCUUCGAUAUCCCUAUUUUUACAGAAGAAUUCUUGGAUCAUAACAAAGCUUGUGAGGCUGAAUUAAGACAAUUGCGGAAAGCUACUUCUGACUACGAAGCUCAGAACGCGGUUCUCCAGCGACAUGUGGACAGUUUGCACGCAGCCGUGAAUCGUUUGGAAUCUGAAACUAAUCAACAACGAACGACCAAUCAAGCUUUGCAGCGUCAUUUAGAUUCUCUUCGUUCUCAACUAGCAGGCUGCUUCGCCACUAUACCACUUCCAGGCGAGGGAGACACCGCUAUUGUAGAACUUCUCUUAUUAAAUGGUGCAGCAGUCAAUAGCAAAGAUAAAAAAUGGUUAACUCCCUUACACCGAGCUUGUUGCUCAGGAAAUUAUAAUGUAGUGGACGUUCUAUUGAGAUACAAAGCGGAUGUAAAUGCUCGAGAUCGUAGUUGGCAGACACCUCUUCAUGUAGCAGCAGCAAAUAAUGCUGUGCAAUGUGUAGAACUUUUAAUGCCACAUUUGUUAAAUAUCAAUGUCUCAGACAGAGGCGGGAAAACAUGUCUUCAUCAUGCGGUGUAUAACGGGCAUCUUGAAAUGUGUGAAUAUUUAAUGCAAUUUGGUUGCGCGAUAAACGCCUCCGAUAAGAAAGACCGAAGGGCUUUGCAUUUUGCAGCAUACAAAGGUCAUAAUGAAAUUGUGAAAGCGCUAAUAUCCAAAAGCGUUGAAGUGGAUGUUAAGGAUCGAGAUUUAUAUACCCCAUUACAUGCAGCAGCUGCUUCUGGUAAUGUAGAGUGUGUGUACAUUUUAAUCACAGCUGGCAGUGAUAUCGAGGCCAAGAACGUGUAUGGAAAUACACCGUUGCAUAUCGCAUGUUUGAAUGGUUGUCCGGAUGUGAUCAAGGAACUUAUAGCUAAUCGUGUUAAUUUAGAGGCCGUAAAUUAUCGAGGGCAGACCGCGUUGCACGUUGCUGCUGCUAGUGUACAUGGUGUUCACUGUUUCAAGAUGCUGAUCUACAAUGGGUUAAAGGUUAACGUUCAGUCGGAAGACGGUCGUACACCGUUGCAUAUGACUGCGAUCCACGGAAGAUUUACGAGAUCCAAAACGUUGUUAGACGCAGGAGCUUUUCCAGAUGCGAGAGAUAAAAAUGGAAAUACAGCGUUGCAUAUUGCUGCCUGGUUUGGCUUUGAGUGUCUGACGACAUCUUUAUUGGAAAGCGCUGCAUCUCCAGCUACACGCAACGCACAGCAACGCACACCUUUGCAUUUGAGUUGCCUAGCGGGACAUAUAGAGGUUUGUAGAAAAUUAUUGCAACUCGAUAGCAGACGAAUUGACGCACGGGAUAUCGGUGGCAGGACAGCCUUACAUUUGGCAGCAUUUAAGGGUUCCGUAGACUGCUUAGAUCUGCUGUUGUCUAGCGGUGCUAAUUUCCGUCUUGUCGAUAACGACAAUCGAUUGGCUCUUCAUCAUGCUGCAUGUCAAGGACAUUACCCUUGCGUGUUCACUUUGGUUGGAUUCGGUAGCGAUUCGAAUGCUCAAGACGUGAAUGGCGCAACGCCAUUACACCUGGCUGCAGCGGCAUCGAAUUCUAAUGCUCAAUCUUUCAAAUGCGUGCAGUACUUGCUGCAACAUCGGGCAGAUCCGCGUUUACGCGAUAAACGCGGAUUUACUGCGAUUCAUUACGCAGUGGCGGGUGGCAACAAAGCGGCACUAGAAGCACUUUUGAAUGCAUCGUCGUCGCCUUCGAAUUUGACCACUUCACUCAACUCUUCGACCGGCCAGGAGCCAUCUCUACCAGCACUCACUCCAAUACAUCUCGCGGCGUAUCACGGUCACGAUGAGAUCUUGCAACUACUCCUGCCCUUGUACCCUAAUACGAAUAUCAAGGAAGACAGCGGAAAGACGCCGUUAGACUUGGCUGCCUAUAAGGGGCAUAAACAGUGUAUCAUACUUCUGUUGCGAUUUGGCGCUUCUGUGGCAGUACAGGAUUCUGUUACGAAACGUACGCCUGUGCAUUGUGCUGCUGCCACAGGUCAUGCAGAUUGCCUAGCUCUUCUUCUGCAGGACAUGGAUGAUCCCAAUGUGGUAAAUUGUUACGACUCCAAACAACGCACUGCUUUGACGCUGGCAGUAGCGAACAACUUUCCGGAGUGUGCGACGCUAUUGUUGACGUACAAGGCCGACUGCAAUUUACCAGAUGUCAAUAAGCAUACGCCACUAUUUCGCGCUGUGAUCAACGAACGCGAUAAUCAGCUAGUGAAACUGUUAUUGAAGCAUGGCGCUCAAGUGGCUGUGCAAGAUGUGAACGGUAAAAGUCCAUUACAUUUAGCAGCGGCUUGCGGCAGAUUGUACGCUUUAGCUGCACUUGUUAAAGCCGAUCCAACCGCAGCGGCUUUGAAGGACGAUCAAGGCUGUACGGUACUCCACUGGGCUUGUUAUAAUGGCAACUCGAAUUGUGUGGAAUAUCUUUUAAAUCAUGACGGAUCUGCGCACUGUUUAGACUUGUUGAUCAACAAAUUCGGCGGACAAGCGGUUGCUGCUCCAAGGGAUUCAUCGUGUGGCUUAUUACCACUGCAUAUCGCGGCGAGCGCAGGGUCCGUUGAGUGCGCGCGAUUAAUUCUGAACUCCGUCGGGCCGGAAUUAGCCGGUCUCGAGACGACUGAUUAUUUCGGACGGACGCCACUUCUUUGCGCGGCUGUUAAUGGACAGUGCAACGCUAUUGAAUUAUUGCUCGAAUGGAAAGCUGACGUACGUGCUGUCGACUCCAAUAAGAAUACGGCACUGCAUCUAGCGUGUCAGAGACGUCAUUCCGCCGCGGCGUCGUUGCUUUUAAAUUGGAUUGAGUCGCUUGGCAGCUCUGAUACCGACAAGAAUACAUCACAAUUGCAGCGCGUUUCUGUUAUUAACAUGAUCAAUAAGCAGCAGAGAACGCCAUUGCAUCUGGCAGCAAGAAAUGGUUUAGUGACGAUUACACGACGAUUAUUGCAAUUGGGCGCGAGUGUCAUUGCUGUCGAUGCUGAUGGACUCACGCCCGCGUUAGCCUGUGCUCCAAAUCCGGCAGUGGCCAAGUGUUUAGCGACUAUUCUUUCCGCGCAGGGUCAAAAUGGGGAAACCACCCAAUACUCGCCAGCUAUUCAGCACACGUUGGAGGUAUACCUGAAUGGCGUGGACUCUCAACACAGCUCUGAUUCGGAGUUUUACUGA